AUGGUCGCAACCUUCUCACCGCACCGGGACUCCGGCGGUACCCUUCAUCUCGCUUCCCACUCGGGGAUCCAUCACGUCGACGCCAGCUCCGCCAUCCGACAGUUACGCCGGUCCUUGUCGCGCUCCCCUUCCAAAAGCUCCAACUUUUUCCUCAACCCACGAAACCAGUCCCCCUCCAAAUCCGCCUACAUCUCUUCGCCUCUCUCCCCCUCUCGACGCGCCUCUCAAAACAACUUUGUAUUAUUUCCCUCUCACCAGUCGCCUCUCGCAGUUCCUUACCCACCAAGCGCGAAAAUCUCUCGGCCGGCGAUGCGACGCCGCACGUCGCCUCGCAGUCCGGCCAAGCGCGUCUUGAGCGUGUCAACGGACGGGGGAAACGCGACCCCCACUCAACCCAUCUCUCUACCUCCGGGCGAGGAGAAUGAUUUGACUCUUGAUGACUUGGUUCCCAACGUGAUGAGCACAACUCCCGACAGCCCUUGUGCCAGCAACACUCCAUUCGCGGAAUCAACUUUCGCACCGCGCACAACGCUCUCGCGCAUCGAGAAGCGACGCAGUGGGACCUUCAGCACCUUGUCGACUGGAAGUCCCCUGAAGCGCAGUGAUGGAAUUAUGAAUCUGGACCAGGCAUCGCGAGGAAGCCCUUCCGCGAAACGACGCAGCGUCCACAACCCUAACUGUCCUACCGAAUUCAGCAUUUUCGACAACGAGGUUGAAGACACUACUCCUGAAGGCUCACCUUCAUCCGAAAUCCCCUCAUUCCCUACACCAGUCCAGCCUCACAGUCCAUUUGCGACCAUUCCCAAGCGCUCGUCAUCUCUGCGACGAUCAACGUUGCAGCAGCGCGGUGAAAGACCACUCUUUGGGCGACCAAGGGCAAUGGACGAGCAUGAGAAUACCUCACCACCCGGUACACCAUUGACUGUUCGACCGCGCAUGUCUUUCGACAGCAGCUUGUUCCAACCUGGCAGCGAGAACAUCUUCUCCCCCAAACCGCAAGCCAGUCCUCUCUUCUCCAACUCUCCUGCCAACCCUCCUCCCGCCAUUAACACUCAGAACUCUCGCCCCGCUGCUCAUCCCCUCUCUCGCACUAUCACUCAGUCUUCUUCCGGGUCCAGCCUGGAUGAUUCACCCACCCAUGAACCGGUCCACAAGCCCGAAGGGCGACGCCCGCUGUUCAACUUCUCAAAGUCUCUUCCCGCUGGAGCUACUCGCCCAGCUCCCGUACGCCGCAUCACGCGUGAGGAUUCGGGCGAAUUCGCGACUCCAGACAACUACAAGCUAGUCAAGCCUCUCCCGGCGGCAUUCAUGUCCACCGGUCUCAUCUCCAAGAAGAACCGCAAUGCGGAAGAGACUGGCUCGGCAUUCAACAAGAACAUGCCCGAUACACCCUGCAAGCGACCUGCCAACCUGUUCGCUGCAGGCCCGAAUCCCACGGACCGACUGUUCGACAAGUCAAGGCAUUCAGAUGCUCCCUCUGGUUCGCCUUUCAACCCUGCUUCUGCUUCACGCCCCAAGCCGAGUCCCUUCGCUCGUGGAAUGGGUAUCUUUGGUAGCAGUUUCAACCGUCCGGAGACCUCGCGUCGCGGAAGCUUCGCGAGUCUCGAUGGCGAUGACCUGAAUCUCGCUGGGUCGCCCUCCUCCCGACAUGACAGCCAACCUCUGAACGACGAUUUCCCUCCCACUCCGACCAAACAACCUUUCCUCCCAUCUCGCACCUAUCCUCCCACUAUUGGGUCAAUCCCCUCCUUGGAACGUUUGUCGGAGACUGCCAGUCCCCUCCACGAGCGAUUUUUGCAGGCCUCACCUCAUACCCCCCGCGAUCAAUACUUCCCUCCAGACCCCAGUGGCUUGUCUAUCUCUGUGCCCCACGAGCAAUCUGUACACGCAGAGCACGAGCUUCCAGCCACUCCCACUGGUCCUCGUGACUCAUGGUCCUCGUUCAGACGCCCUAGUCUCCAAAUCAGUGGAUACCACGCUCCAGAUGUUGAUCCAACUUUGACCUCCCGCUUUGACAAUGUGGAGCUCAUUGGAACUGGAGAAUUUUCCCAGGUCUUCCGUGUCGCCCAGCCUCAUGAUGCUUCUUUCCCAUCUGUCUUCUCUCUCCCUUCAAGCGAGCCCAAAUCCCCCAGCUCCAUUCCCCACAGAGUGUGGGCUGUGAAGAAGAGCAAGCAGCCAUACCUGGGUUUGAAGGACCGGGAACGCCGAAUUCGCGAAGUUGACAUCUUGAAGACUUUGACCAGCUGUGACCACGUCGUCUCAUUCAUGGACAGCUGGGAGAACCAGGGGCAUCUGUACAUUCAAACCGAAUUCUGCGAAGAGGGUAGCUUGGACGGAUUUUUGGCUCAAGCUGGCCUCAAGGCCCGACUUGAUGACUUCCGCAUCUGGAAGAUCCUGCUGGAAAUGUCAUUGGGUCUAAAGGAAAUCCACGAUGAGGGCUUCAUUCACCUUGACCUCAAGCCAGCCAACAUUCUGGUUACUUUUGAAGGUACCUUGAAGAUUGGUGACUUUGGUAUGGCCGCCCGCUGGCCUGCGGAACAUGGAAUUGAAGGCGAAGGCGAUCGCGAAUACAUUGGACCCGAGAUUCUCAAAGGCCAAUUUGACAAGCCUGCCGACAUUUUCUCACUUGGUCUCAUCAUCUUCGAGAUUGCUGGCAAUGUUGAGCUUCCUGACAACGGAUUAUCUUGGCAGAAGCUUCGCAACGGCGACAUGAGCGAUGUCCCAAGCCUCACCUUCAGCCAUGAUAGCCAAAUCUCUCGUGACGCCAGUGGAAACCCCAUUCUCAAGGAAUCAUCCUUUGAAGAGCUCUGCACCUCCGACCUUGGUGGCGGCGCAUUUGACGAUGACUUCUUGACCAGCCGCGACCUCAGUGCCCCCAAGCCCCAGUCCAUUGCUCGCAGUGGAGAGCUCACUGAUCCACCUGCCUUCAUGGCCGACCCUCACCACCCCCAAUCUCUGGAUGGCAUCGUCCGAUGGAUGAUCUCACCCGAACCUCAACACCGUCCCACAGCGGACCAAAUACUGGAAACCUAUGGAGUCCAGUUUAUCAACCAACGACGCCGCGCUGGCGCCACCGUCUUCGAGGGUAACUGGGGCCCCGCUGACGAGAUCUUGGCCGAAGAUGCCGAAAUGAUCGACGUGUAA